AUGGGGUUCACCGAACGCAGCCAUUCAUUGGAACCUUGGGAUGAUCCAGUCCUCUUCAGCCUUCAUUUUCAGCACAAGUGGCUUCAGGUGAGGGAGCAAGUCCUUCGCAAAGCUUGGGCAAAACGAGUUGGCGGUAUCAAGCACUGCUUUUUGGUGAUGGAGCAAGCCCUUCGCAAAGCUUGGACAGGACGAGUUGGUGGCAUCAAUCAUUACUUCUGGGUGAUGGAAUUACAAGCUAGAUGUUCGCCACAUAUACGUAUGAACCUUUGGACUGGAAAGGCGGAUGAGCAACUAGCCAGGGCCAACCUCAUCACAGCAAAGUUGCCUGAACAAGGUGACCCUAUGCGAAGUCUAGUCAACCAGCAUCAGGUCCACAGGUGCUCAAGUUACUGUUCUGCCCCUGGUGUCGGUGCAGGUUUGGCUAUCCUCAGCAGACCAUUACGAGUGAGGCUACAUUCGAUGGCAAGAAUUGGCAGUAUCCUAGGGAUGCACUCAAUCUCUUGUGAAUCCCUCUAA